UGUCUUCCUACUUGGGGUGAACAGUUCAAGGUCAGCCUCGGUUUUACAUCUUCUUAGAAGAAAUACAAAUUCGCAGAAUAUUCUCUGCUAUUCUAAAUAAAUAGGAAGCAUCUGUGGACAAAUAAGGGAACAGGUGCUUUCCACACGGACCUCUGAGAUGUCUCUAUGGGGCCGUGUCCAACAGCUUCCACCUGGUGGCGCUCACCAGCAGAUGCGAAAUGUUUACGGGACACAUUUUCCAAUGGAGGUCCGACACUACUUUGCUGAAUGGAUUGAACAGCAAGAAUGGCAGAACAUUGAUGAAGAUGACCCCAAGUAUGAAGAAUAUGCCAAGCAGCUACUUGAACAACUCACCAUGAAGAUAGAGGAAAAGGCUGCAGAGUUUGCAGGAUCAGAUAUGUACCCCAUCAAGCUGAAGCUCAAUGAAAUAGCCAGCACAUUUAGGGAGAUGUAUGGUCCAAAUCCUCUUAACUUGGUCCAAGUUGUGAAGAAAUGUCUCACAAUGGAGUCAAGUCUGGUGCAUCUUCAUGAAUCUGGUCAAUCUGGGGGCCAGCAAGAUACAGCUAGGAUUCUAGGCCAGCAGCUUGAACAACUUACCAAGUACACUCAAGAUACUGACAAAGACCUCAGAGAAUUGCAGAACAAACAGGAACAGUUCAUCAUACACUAUCAAGAAAGUGUACGAAUAAAUACACAGUUAUCCAACAUUCCUGCAGGCCCCCAGAGACAAGAGAUGGAGAUCAGAUUACGCAAUGAGAAGAAGAAAAUUGAGAUUGACCUCAGCCGGAUGGCACAAGAACUACUUAACCUGAGAAUCGCCCUGGCAGACAAACAUGAGGCAACAUUCAAACAGCUCCAGCAAGUUCAGAACAAAGUCUUGGAAGAGGAACUGAUUAAGUGGAAGAGACACCAACAGUUAGCAGGAAAUGGGGCACCGUUUGAUUGCAACUUGGACCAGCUUCAGUCCUGGUGUGAAAGUUUAGCUGAUAUAAUCUGGUCUAACAGGCAACAGAUCAAGCAAGUGGAAUCACUCCGGGCGCAUCUUCCUAUAGAUAUACCACCACAUGUACCAGACCUUCUGCCAAACCUCAACACAACCAUUACAGGACUUCUCUCCUCCUUAGUGACAAGUACAUUUAUUAUAGAGAAGCAACCACCCCAGGUACUCAAGAAAGAGAGCAGGUUUGGGUCAACAGUUCGGCUCCUGGUGGGCCGCAAUCUCAACAUGCACAUGAACCCACCUACAGUAAAAGCAUUAAUUAUUAAUACAUUCAUCAUUGAAAAACAACCACCUCAAGUUUUGAAAACACAGGCCCGGUUUCAGUCAAACGUUCGUUUGCUGGUCGGGGGAAACCUUAAUGUGCAUAUGAAUCCACCAGCCGUAAAAGCCUCUAUUAUAAAUGAGGAACAGGCCAAGGCUCUCUUGAGGAAUGAUAGCAACAUCAGUGGUGAAAAUAGUGGUGAGAUCCUAAACUCACAGGGCACCAUGGAAUAUAAUCAAGCAACCCAACAACUCAGCAUUGCAUUCAGAAACAUGUCUCUACGUAGGAUCAAGAGAGCAGAUAGGCGAGGCACGGAGGCAGUCACUGAGGAGAAGUUCUCUAUUCUAUUCCAGUCUUCAUUCACUGUUGGGGCUGGCGAACUAGUCUUCAAAGUCUGGACACUGUCUUUACCUGUUGCUGUCAUUGUACAUGGUAAUCAAGAGUGUAACGCCAUGGCAACCGUUCUCUGGGACAACGCCUUUGCAGAACCAGGCAGAAUUCCAUUUGCUGUUCCUGAGAAAGUUAAAUAUAGCCAACUGACCCAGAUGAUUAACACAAAGUUUACAUCCCAAACAGGAAGUCCUAUCACGCCAGAAGGUUUCCAUUACUUGGCGCAAAAGCUUCUUCCGGGGGUGCAUGUGGACGACUACUCAAAUCAGCUAAUCAGCUGGUCUCAAUUCAAUAAGGAACAAGUCCCAACAAAGGCUUUCACCUUCUGGGAAUGGAUCUAUAACAUCAUCAAACUAACCAAGGAGUACCUCAAGGGACCUUGGAACGAUAACCUAGUCCUGGGGUUUGUAAGUCGUGAGAGAGCUGCAGAGUUGUUGAUGCAACAGAAAUGCGGGACAUUCCUGCUGAGGUUCAGUGAGGGCUCACUAGGUGGCGUUACAAUAGCUUGGGUGGCAGAUGACCCACAAACUUCUGAAAAAAAGGUUUGGAACCUUGCACCAUUUGCUGCGAAAGACUUUGCCAUCCGUUCUUUGGCAGACAGAAUCAGUGAUCUACCUACGUUAAGUACUCUCUUCCCAAAUAUACCGAAACUUGACUGUUUUGGGAAAUAUUGUUCAAACCCUACCAAUGCCAGUGAGCUAACCAAUGAAGGAUACGUUGGUCUGGACCUGAGGGCUGUCAUCCCAGGCUGGCCAGCAGGUGCCGAGGGUAUGCUUGACCCCCAGGCUUACGACAACCCAAGUAGCGUCCAGUCACAUAUUCCUACUGAUGACCAUAACAUUGAUGAAGUGCAGAUGGAUGACAUGUUAAGCUUUGGGGAUUAUGAUCAGGAUACGUUCAUUAACAAUGUGACUAUGAACCAAAUAUUGAAUAACAAUGCGAUGAGCCCACAUACCCCCAAUCUUGGCAAUUUUCCAAACUUCCAGAACCUGAAUUAAACUGGUAGAAUUACAAUUUCAGUUAGAGACUGUUACUCAGAGUGUUUCAAAUGUAAAGAAAUGUAUGUUUUAUCUUUUCUUAUGUGAAACCCUGUAUGUGAUAGUAACAGCAACAUAUGGGAUGGUGUAUGUUUAAAUAUUAUAAAGUACAGUGGAAUCACAGGGUGACCGAAAAUUGCAUCAAAACUCAAACCUUGAAAUGAAUUAUUGUGGCUUCUUAAAUUAUCUUGUGAAAUGCGGUCAUACAUAUAUAUCAUUAAUAACUGUAAUCAAGAAGUAAGUAAUGUUUUCUGUCUAGUCAUGCUCUUGUAUUAGAUCAACCA